CGGCGUUUGACAUUGGUGCAGGAAUGGACAAGGGUUGUGUGGGGAUAGUCGACUGGUGAGAUGGACCAGGGUGGCUAUGUGAGCCAGUCUUCAAGGCUUGGACACCGCGGAAAGGGUGAUUGAUACCCUUUCUAUAGCUGACAACGGUUCGACCUUUUGCGUGGGGGCAACAGGCAGCAAGUCAUUGAUCUUGAUGGUUUUGUUUGGCACCUUCCAAUGGCCAGUCGUCUCGUCGACAUAGGGAAAAGCCUUUUUCUCCUGUAUGGUGAAGUAUGGUUCACGACGAGUAGCCUCGACCAAGUACUCGUAACCAAGAGGCAUCGGCUGAUCGCGCAAGACCUGAGAGCGGUCCAAGACGACGUCGUUGCUAUUCACAAGGUUCUCAAUUGUCAAUUGCUGGGGUGUCACCUUCAUGGCAUCGAAGUCAUAAGGUCUAAUGUUGAUGAUGAUCUCCGGAGCCAUCGCGUGUUUGUGUAGGCUGCGAUGAGACAAUGAGCACAAAUGAGGGGCGUCAGAGUGCUUGGAAGGGAAGUGUGGCGAGAUUUCAGAUCCGUGGUCAGUGAGCCAAUGAACAUCUCCACGCCCUUAUCUAUGUUCUCUAUCUGAGACAUGGGUAAUUGUGAUAUGGCCUUGACACCCAAGAUGUCCAGAUAAUCUUGGAGCGCAGCUGUGUAACUCUGAGCAUCGCUAUAGGGCACCCAGGUCUUAUCUCCGGAUGCCCAUUCAACCUCAAAGAUGGCGCCUCGUCCUCUUCCUCUGUGAGAGAUUAUUCCCUUUACCUUCCAUUCAUUAUCGGUCUCGGCAGUGAGGCCAAUCUGACUGUGAAGUCUCCC